AUGGCUCGCACUAAGCAAACUGCCCGCAAGUCAACUGGUGGCAAGGCCCCACGUAAGCAGCUCGCCUCCAAGGCCGCUCGCAAGUCUGCCCCGUCUACCGGUGGUGUCAAGAAGCCCCACAGGUACAAGCCUGGUACCGUCGCUCUCCGUGAGAUCCGUCGCUACCAGAAGUCGACUGAGCUCUUGAUCCGCAAGCUCCCCUUCCAGCGUCUCGUCCGCGAAAUCGCCCAGGACUUCAAGUCGGACCUACGGUUCCAGAGCUCCGCCAUCGGUGCGCUCCAGGAGUCUGUUGAGGCCUACCUCGUCUCCCUCUUCGAGGAUACCAACCUCUGCGCCAUCCACGCCAAGCGUGUCACCAUCCAGAGCAAGGACAUCCAGCUUGCCCGCCGCCUCCGCGGUGAGCGCUCUUAG